AUGGCGCGUCCUCCACAACCGGAAGAGUUUGCUCUGAAGGAGACUGCCCCAAAAAUUGCCGGGUCAGGGGUGAUCACUGGUGGUGAUAAGCUUACGUGCACAUAUGACCUCGUUGAGCAGAUGGAAUACCUUUAUGUCCGUGUUGUUAAAGCAAGGGAUUUACCGGCGAAGGACGUUACAGGUAGUUGUGAUCCAUAUGUUGAAGUGAAGCUAGGAAACUACAAGGGAGUUACUCGGCAUUUUGAAAAGAAGUCGAAUCCUGAAUGGAAUCAUGUUUUCGCUUUCUCCCAGGAUCGACUUCAAGCUUCCUUUAUUGAAGUUGUGAUAAAGGAUAAGGACGUUGUCUUAGAUGAUUUCAUUGGCAAGAUUUCUUUUGGCCUUGUUGAUGUCCCGAGACGAGUCCCACCGGAUAGCCCAUUGGCACCACAGUGGUACAGAUUGGAAGACAAAAAGGGGGAUAAGAUCAAAAAAGGAGAAAUCAUGCUUGCUGUUUGGAAAGGAACCCAAGCCGAUGAGGCAUUUCCUGAUGCAUGGCAUUCAGACGCUGCAGCAGUUAGUACUGAGGGCAUUACAAGAAUUGAGGGAAAGUAUACAUAUCCCAAGGCUUUGGAUCUGAUUCCUAGUGAUAAGAACAAAGUCCCAGAAGUUUGUGUGAAGGUUAUACUUGGCAAUCAGGCAGUGAAAACUAAACUGUUGAAGAGUGUCAAUCCAAUGUGGAAUGAGGAUUUGGUUUUUGUUGCUGCCGAACCAUUUGAGGAGCCCCUGGUCAUAACUGUGGAGGAUAGAUCCAACAAAGAUGAGGUCUUGGGGAAGUGUGUGAUUGCAUUACCAAUUGCACACAGGAGGUUUGACAAUAAGGCUGUGCCAUCUCGGUGGCAUAAUCUCGAGAAACAUAUUCUUGCUGAAGGGGAAAAGAAGGAGAUUAAAUUUGCUAGUAGGAUUCAUCUGAGGAUCUGUUUGGAUGGAGGGUAUCAUGUAUUGGAAGAGUCUACACACUACAGUAGUGAUCUUAGGCCAACUGCAAAGCAGUUGUGGAAGUCCAGCAUUGGGCUUCUGGAGUUGGGGAUUAUUAGCGCCACUGGGUUAUCUCCAAUGAAGUCAAAAGAAGGCCGGGGAACAACAGACGCCUAUUGCGUAGCAAAAUAUGGGCCAAAAUGGGUUCGAACGAGGACAAUUAUCGACAGCUUCUCUCCAAAAUGGACGAGCAGUACACGUGGGAGGUUUUUGAUCCAUGUACUGUGA